AUGGAGGAGAAGGUCCGUGCUCUUACAAGACAUUUAACACCGCCAAUCACAAGUGCGACUUCGACGUCUGAAAUGGAGGCAUCCGAUAUUGAAAGUGUACAGGCACUCGUGAACACGCAAAACGAGCAGAUCCUUAGACUCUUAAAUGUCGUACAGGAAAUAUCACCGCAAUUGCUUGGCAUGGACGCUUUGAAGACUAACAAAGGCGAGACAAAAUUGAGAGGCAGUGCGAUAAAGAAAGUCAAGAAUUAUUAUCAAGAGAUGGCAUGGGGUACACUGUCUAGUAUUUUAGAUCACGUGAUAUUGUGGUGGUCACGAGAAGCCCUUGCGACUCAUCACAGCCACGGUGCUCAGCAUCUCAAGGAUUGGUUGCGGAAAUUUAUUCAAGGGAAUGAAGUUUCUCCUACGGUUAGAUCAGCGCUGCAAAAUUUAUGCGAUGCGCUCGGAUAUCAUACGACCAUCACUGCUUGGGACCAGAUGUUUAGAUUAGCCUAUACCUCGGCCUUUCAAUGCCGUUCGAAACCAACAGCCACAGAAGAAACCGACACCGGUCAAAUGUUUGUUGAGCUGUUCCAACUGUUGGUUACGCUCAGUAACGAAUGCGAGGUGGGCGGCGAAUGGGUGAUAGGAGCACCCUUGGUAGAACUGUCAUUGUCGGAGCAGAUCGUCGUAUUGCACAGGAUGGAUCACUCGGUGCAUACGGCGAGAUUGUGGGCUAUUCAAGAGACCAAGAUUAUAGCCCACACUUGGGAUUUGGACGUAUUUUUUCUCCUAGUUAAGGGUGACGUAGUAAAUGGUCUUGAAGCGCUGUCUUAUCUCAAGCUCGCUGAUCACACGACAGCAUUGUUCAUGAAUUCUAUUAGCGUCCAAGUAUAUGUGUGCACAAAGAUGAGAGCGAAGAUCGUUUCCGAAGUCAAAGCGAACAUAGAAUUACUUCAGGUAUGUAAUACUACACUGUUAGAAAUUUUUGUAGGAAUUUUCAGAAACGUGUGA